CGGCAGCUCAAAGUGGGAUACAAGGCAUCUGAGUGCGGAUUUUGUAUACUCUUCAACAACCGAAAAGUGGUAUACAUUUACAAUGAAGGACAUCACAUCCGUCGAGACGCUCACCAUCCCGGAGGGAGUCACCGUCACUAUCAAAGCUAGGAAAGUGACCGUUGAGGGACCGAGAGGAACUUUGACCAAGGAUGUCGGACACGUUGCUAUGGACAUUCAGAUCGUCCCGCGAGCUGGCAAAAAGGUCAUUGUCUUCACUGUUUGGCACGGAGCUCGUAAACACGUUGCUUGCUUGAGGACAAUCAAGUCAUUGGUUGAGAACAUGAUCACUGGAGUGACCAAGGGUUUCCUCUACAAGAUGAAGCUCGUCUACGCCCAUUUCCCCAUCAACGCCAUCCCAGAGAACGACGGAGCUGCUCUUCAGAUCAGAAACUUUUUGGGCGAGAAGUACAUCCGAAACGUUCCCAUGCUUGAAGGAGUCAAGAUUUCCACAUCCGACGUCAAGGAUGAGCUCAUUCUCCAAGGCAACGAUGUUCAAAACGUCUCUCAAUCCGCUUCUUCCAUUACCGAUGUGUGCCGAGUCAAGAACAAGGAUAUCCGUAAAUUCUUGGACGGAGUGUACACUACUGAGCGCACGACGGUCGUCCAGGAGGUCAUCUAGAUGUCUGGAGUUGGGAUGGACCGACCGGGGGUUCCGGAGGACCCGACGAUAGGGGACCAGGGGGGCAACAGUGUGUGCCCCGUUUCUUCCUGUAGAUCCGAGUCUGGUACAUGCUCGCAACGAAUGUACCCCGUAUGAUCACCU